UUGCUGUGUGAUGCCACGUACCAAGUAAACAUAUUCUUUAGCGACCAGAUGAUAGCUGCCAUCCUCGCCUUGAUCGUCCAACUGACCAUCAACCUGUUCUACUUUUUCCACCGUGUUGCACAACAUGAUAUCAUUUUCAUUGUCAACGAUGGGCUUUGGUCAUUGGCAUUCUUCUUGGUCCUAAUUCUUCUGUCUCACUCCAGCACACGGGUCACUAAAUCGGCUGAAGAGUUGGCUCCUAUGAUUUACAAGAUGAUGACCCUGGACUUGGACCCAAGACUGAAGAGACAGUUGGAGAUCUUUUUGGUGCAACUAUCCAACAGCCACGUAGGAUUUUCUGCCAGAGGGUAUUUUCAUAUUAACAACGAAAUGAUAACAUCGAUUGUUGGAAUGGUGACCACAUAUCUUGUAGUGCUGAUACAGUUCCAUACUGCGGUCUCGUCUACCCAGCACUGAAGUAUUCAUUGGAUUCUGCUUCACAUACUAAUGAAUAUUUGAAAUAGAUGUCCAGCUUGCAAGUAAAUACUACAUUAUCUUA